AUGGGCAGUUCCCAUGUGCAGCCCCUGCAAAUUUCCAACAGCAGCUCCAUCAGCCACUUCCUCCUGCUGGCAUUGGCAGACACGCGGCAGCUGCAGCUCCUGCACUUCUGCCUCUUGCUGGGCAUCUCCCUGGCUGCCCUCCUGGGCAACGGCCUCAUCAUCAGCGCCGUAGCCUGCGGCCACCACCUGCACACGCCCAUGUUCUUCUUCCUACUCAACCUGGCCCUCAGCGACCUGGGCUCCAUCUGCACCACUGUCCCCAAAGCCAUGCACAAUUCUCUCUGGGACACCACAACCAUCUCCUACACAGGAUGUGCUGCUCAGCUCUUUUUUUUGUAUUUCUUCCUGUCAGCAGAGUAUUCCCUCCUGACCAUCAUGUGCUACGACCGCUACGUGUCCAUCUGCAAACCCCUGCACUACGGGACCCUCCUGGGCAGCAGAGCUUGUGCCCACAUGGCAGCAGCUGCCUGGGCCAGUGCCUUUCUCUAUUCACUGCUGCACACAGCCAAUACAUUUUCCCUGCCCCUGUGCCAUGGCAAUGCUCUGGGCCAGUUCUUCUGUGAAAUCCCCCAGAUCCUCAAGCUCUCCUGCUCCAAAUCCUACCUCAGGGAACUUGGGCUCAUUGCAAUUAGUGCCUGUUUGGUAUUUGGCUGUUUUGUGUUCAUUGUUUUCUCCUAUGUGCAGAUCUUCAGGGCUGUGCUGAGGAUCCCCUCUGAGCAGGGACGGCACAAAGCCUUUUCCACCUGCCUCCCUCACCUGGCUGUGGUCUCUCUGUUUGUCAGCACUGUUAUCUUUGCUCACCUGAAGCCCCCCUCCAUCUCGUCCCCAUCCCUGGAUCUCUCAGUCUCUGUUCUGUACUUGGUGGUGUCUCCAGCCCUCAACCCCCUCAUCUACAGCCUGAGGAACCAGGAGAUCAAGGAUGCCCUGAGGAAAAUGAUGACUGUAUCUUUUCAGAAACAUUAAACUUUUCUUCUCCAGAACCUUCAGAAUGUAAUUCUUGACAAUCUUGGCCUUUUUUUCCUAUUUGUCCAUUUUGUCACUGGGAAUUUUUCCUAUUAUUUUUCUGGUGUUAUAAUGUUUUUAUAAGAUACUGCAGUACUACUCUGAGUAUUUCUACAUGAUAUUCUCUUUUUUAACACAAAGG